UGGGUUUGUUGUUGUUUUUGUUUUUCCAUACGGCGCUAGGUACACGAGGAGUACAGACAGCGUUACUUGAUUUUGAAGAAAAAAUUGUAGACCAGUUUUCAAAAGUGUUAGUUGUGAUAAUAAUAAAUAUAUGUGGUAGUAAGGUUUCGAGAUUGUGGUUUUGAUUACGUGUUCAGCCAUGGCUCCAGCUAUUAAAGAAGAUGAAAUUUUCAAAACUGCCCCCUUCGAUCCCCGUUUUCCAAACACCAACCAAACUCGUUACUGCUACCAGAGCUACCUUGACUUCCACCGUUGUCAGAAAGUGAGGGGAAGCGAUUACAAGCCCUGCGAAUAUUUCUCCAAAGUGUUCCAUUCCGUGUGCCCAAAUGCCUGGAUCGAGAAAUGGGACGGCCAAAGAGAGGAGGGAAAUUUCGCUGGAAACAUUUAAAUUAUUCCUGUAUUACAUACACACUAGUUAAUAAAUAGUUUAUUCGUAAGGACAUUAUGCUGUCAUAUAAAUUUUUGUGUUAAUAAAUAUAAUACCCUGCGGGUUUUUGUUACUUUA